AUGAGCAACAAAGUCAAUAUUGAAGGAGCACUGUUGUUUGAGCAGCCUUUCGCGAGGGUGCCAUAUGAAGCCUAUCGCAAGUUAUUUCGCACCUCGCAGAAGUACAUUGAGCGCGAGCUUGGUGCUGUCCAAACCGCAUCAAAGGAUCUCUCAAAGCACACAAAAUCUAAUUAUGACCCUUCUGUGGCUCUCAAGUCUAUAGAUACUAUGAUGAGCAAGGUCGAGGGCUUGAAGCGUAAGCUUUCAGAUUUGCAUGAGAGCUCGGGACUACAGACGCAGCAUGUGAUGCAUGAACGAUUUGUACAUAUCUCGGAGCUCGAGGCCUUCAAUACACGAGAAGAUCCUGCGUUCAGUCGGUGGGCCGACACGAGGAUCGAUAGAUGGCUUGUUGACUGGGCUCUGAGAAAUGGGAAGGAGCAGAUGGCGAGGAAAGUUGCGGAAGAGAAGGGUAUCGAGAAACUUGUCGAUAUCGACCUCUUCUCCGAUAUCCACCGUAUCGAAGUCGCGCUCCAACGACAUAGCUGUACAGAAGCGCUUGCAUGGUGUAGUGAGAACAAGGCUGCACUACGAAAAGCGAAGAACACACUCGAGUUCGAGUUACGUUUACAAGAAUUUAUUGAGCUCGCACGAGCCGAUAAAUCGAUCGAAGCGAUCGCAUAUUCAAAGAAACACCUUGUUCCGUGGCAAGACACACACUUGAAGCAGAUCCGUCAAGCUGCUACUCUCCUCGCUUUCCCCGAACGAUUGGCCUUUGGAGCGUACAAACGACUAUAUGACCCAUCGCGUUGGGAGAACCUCGUAUACUCUUUUAGACUUGCAGUAUACAACUUGAACGCCUUACCUACCGAACCUCUCCUCCAUCUCGCACUCUACGGUGGACUCGCCUCGCUCAAACUUCCCGCAUGCUACGAUCCCUCCCAACCCAAGAACGCCGACUGCCCCGUCUGCGAUUCUCGUGGGCUCGGCACACUUGCCAAGGAAGUGCCAUGGAGCCACCACGUCAAUUCAACGAUCGUAUGCUUUUUGAGUGGGAAAAUCGUGGAUGGGGAUAAUCCACCCAUGGCCUUCCCGAAUGGUUAUGUGUAUUCGAGGAAUGCACUGGAAGAGAUGGCGAGUAGACAUGAUGGAGUUGUUACAUGCCCACGGACAGGACAGGUUUGUCAGUUUAACGAGUUGAGGAAGGUUUUCAUCUCUUGAGAGGUAGAUUUAUACUUGCUUCUCGUAGCUUUUUUCAUUAUUGUCGUUGUACGCUAUUGUACACUGUCAUCAACUGUACUACUAAUCAAUCAGAUCUUAC